AUGGCAGAUGAAAUCGAUACGGCGAACCUAGAGGCCGAGUUCCAAGCAUUGAAGGUCAAGGGCAAGCUUUUGCAGAGAACACUAGCUGAUGUAUCUUCGGACUAUGGAGCUUUCAUGAAGCAGUACAAUGAGGCGAACGACCGCAUAUUCACUAAGAGCACUAAGCUGCAAGACACAACAAGAGACGUCAAUGGUGGAGCACAAAGCAAGAACCCCAUCGUCUUGAUGCUGAUCGAUGCAUCAAGCCACAAGUUUUGCGAUGAGUUGCUAAAGAAAAGAGGCCCAGGAGGUGCUGAAGCAGCGAUUCUUCUGCGCAAUGCACUCAACGAUAGGAUCGCGGCUAGGUUUCCAGACAUUGCACGAAACAAGUACUGCCUGGUCAUCCGAAUCUUCGCCGAUCUAAAGACGUUGUCGCUCAACUCAGGUGCGAAUGGCAAGAUCAUGUCUCUUGCACCGUUCUUCACGGAGUUCGAAAAGGUUGGGGCUUUCUUCGAUCUCGUCGUCACAGCUGACGACAUUGGCGUCAAAAACAAGAUCUGUGAUAACCUCAAGCUGUAUAUGGGGAGUGAGCAAUGCAAGCACGUGUUCCUGGCUGCUGCUGAAUCACCUCGAUACUACCAAACCCUCCAGAUCUAUCGAAAGGAGACUUCAAAGAUCACUUUAGUCUUUGGAAGUGGUCUGGACGGCGGCCUGCGGAAGAUGGGUCUACUUCUGGUGCCAUUUCCGAAGGUGUUUGCGCCACCGGAGGGUUUCAAGCCGCAGGCUAUCAGCGGUGCUACGUUUGUGGAGAAAAGCGAGAUCAAAACCGACGACUUCUUGAAGUCUUCAGUCGCUGUCGUUGCCAACGAGAAUCUGAAGGAUGUUGGCUACACUGAGAAGGCCUUAUGGUCACCCCUGUUCUCGUCCAAACUUCCAGCAUGCUAUAUCGGCGGUCGCAUCCCAAUCAACAGCGCAAAGCAGCGGAUCGACAUCUACGUACGAGAACCAACAGCUAGAGAGCUCGAGGUGUACGAAGCGCGUUCCAGGGUUCAGGAACACCUCUGCGUCGACCACUUCUUGCGCAACAAGUGCGAAAAUGUCAACUGCGAGUUCUAUCACGGUACCCUCGAACCGGAAGCACACUAUGUUCUACAGCACAUAACCCUGGGUACUCCGUGCUCGAAGGGUAGUGUCUGCCGUGUUGCAAACUGUGCUUAUGGUCACAUUUGCCAACGGGGCGAGUGUGGUCAUGCGGGAAACAGGGUUGAGGGAUGUCGCUUGCCGGGCUCGAUGCAUGGGCUGGAUACGAAAGUCUCUGAGUGGGUUUCUCCGGAUGAACACAUCAUGCGUCCUCGCGCACCCGCUCACGACAGUACCACGUCAGCUACCGGAGCUUCCACAGGUGGUGGUGUGGCUCUCUCCAUCGAUGAGGAUCUCCUUGGAUAG